UCUUCACACGGAACAGGAUCAUAGCCGUUUUAUUUUGGAGACGGGGAGCGCAAGCCAUCGGUGUCGGUGGCGAGCGUCUCCUUCAUUUCUCGAGAAGAUUUCACGGUAGAGAGAGAAAGAAGAGAGAGAGAGAGAGAGAGAGAGAGAGAGAAGAGAGAGAGAGGAGGGCGAGCGAGCGCAGGAGAAUCGGCGGCGUUGCUGACGACUCCGGCGGAGGAGGCCACGGCGUGAGCCGCGACACCUCACGCUGCGCUUCCGUUUCUUCCCGAUCUCCGAAGCCGCGGCGGAUUCGCAUUUAUGGCGCUCCCGAGGGCCCGUCCACGCUUGAAGGCGUUACCGAUUCCGUCUCCGUCUUCGGCUUCUUCUUCCUCCUCCUUCUCCUCCUCCGCCUCCUCCGCCUCCUCGUCGUCGUCACUGUGCUGGCGUUUUCCGCGCUGCCAUCUGGUUCCGACCGGAGUUUGAAUUUUUUUUUUCCUUUUUCUCCUCCGGUUCGGUUCUGCCUCCCUUUUUUUUUUUUUUAAAAUCUUUUAGCCCUGCGCGAUCGGGGGAAUCAAGACGGAGGAGGUUCGGAAAUGGAGAGCGAGAGGAAGCCGUCGGCGGUGUCGGACGCUGGGGCGUGGGCGAUGAACGUGAUAAGCUCCGUCGGCAUCAUCAUGGCCAACAAGCAGCUCAUGUCGGCUGGCGGUUACGCUUUCGGCUUCGAUAUAGUCUUACUUGUGCUCUUACUUUAUGUCUAUGGUGUAUUUGAUAAUAUUUGGAUGCCAUGUUUUCCAGCAACAACAUUGACCGGGUUUCACUUUGCCGUAACUGCAUUGGUCGGUCUGGUUUCAAAUGCCGCCGGUUAUUCUGCAUCGAAGGAUGUUCCCUUGUGGGAGCUUCUCUGGUUUUCUGUUGUUGCCAAUAUGUCGAUCACGGGGAUGAAUCUAAGCCUCAUGUUGAACUCCGUAGGCUUCUACCAGAUAUCAAAAUUAAGCAUGAUUCCGGUAGUAUGUGUCAUGGAAUGGAUCCUUCACAAUAAGCGCUACUCCAGAGAGGUGAAAAUGUCUGUGGUGGUUGUGGUUAUUGGUGUGGGUGUUUGCACGGUGACUGAUGUGAAAGUCAAUGCCAAAGGUUUUAUAUGUGCAUGUUUGGCUGUCCUCUCAACAUCUUUGCAGCAAAUUUCAAUAGGUUCCCUACAGAAGAAGUACUCGAUUGGAUCUUUUGAACUGUUGAGUAAGACGGCUCCAAUACAAGCUUUAUCGCUCGUUCUCCUUGGCCCAUUCGUUGAUUACUUUCUCAAUGGCAAAUCCUUAGCAGACUACAAGAUGUCAUACGGUGCUCUUCUCUUCAUCAUUAUAUCAUGCACGCUGGCAGUCUUCUGCAAUGUGAGCCAGUACCUCUGCAUCGGCCGCUUCUCUGCAGUUUCCUUCCAGGUUUUGGGUCACAUGAAAACAGUAUGUGUUCUCACGUUAGGGUGGUUGCUUUUCGACUCUCAGCUUACCCUCAAGAACAUCAUGGGCAUGGUCAUAGCAGUCGUCGGCAUGGUGAUAUACAGUUGGGCCGUGGAGGUCGAAAAGCGGUCGAGCGCGAAUCCUAUAGCUCCUCCUGCCCAGAACAGCACCACAGAAGAGGAAAUUGAACUUUUGAAGGAGGCCGCUACGACAAACUUAGCAGCGAAGGAUAUUGAACUCGGAGAGACUACUAAAGGAUGAGUUGACUUUCUUCUUCGUUCAUAGCUUUCGGGGGUCUUCCAUGUGUAUCCCAUCUGCUGCUGCCGUUUACAUUACACCAAUGCGAUUAGCUCUCCAUAUUGGUUGGUUCC